CAUGAAUUCAUGAUACAUAUUUAUAUAGGGUUUUACAUGUCAAAACCUAUAAAAAAAUAGCGAUGUCAAGAAAAUAUAUAUGUCAAUACACAGUUCAUAAAUAUAAAAUGGCCGGCACGCAGUGACCUGCAGUUUAGACGUCAGAAUAAUUCAAAUAUGCUUGCGUUAAGGACAAUCCGACUGGGAUCCGUUGAAGGGCUGCUACCCGCAUCCAGACUCUGCGUGGGCCGCUACAAGAGUUCUGAGGCGAAAGAGCCUAUGGUUCUAUCCUCAACCAAAAAUGGAGUGACGACGCUCACCAUGAACAACCCAAAGCGACUCAAUGGCUGGACCAAGCCCAUGAUGGACACUCUUUUCGCCAAGAUAGAAGAGGCAGGAGAAGAUACGGCUACAAAGGCAUUGAUUAUUACCGGGAAAGGAACUUAUUACUGUGCUGGAGUCAACUUGGCUGAUACUAUCAAGCCUGGACAUCCACAAAAGCUUUGGGAGGAGAUUUAUGUGAGCAACCAAAAACUUUUCAAUACCUUCCUUGAUUGUCCCAAGCCCGUUUUGGUGGCAGCAAAUGGACCCGCUAUCGGUGCAUCUGUGACUUCGGCAACUCUCUGUGAUGGCAUCAUCGCGGCAGAGUCCGCCACCUUCAACACGCCUUUCGCUCGCCUUUCUAUACCGCCCGAAGGUUGCUCAUCUGUGCAUUUCCAGCGCAUUAUGGGCCAAGAAAACGCAAACAAAAUGCUUAAUGACGGCUGGAUACCAACGGCCGUCGAAGCGAAGAAGGCAGGUUUUGUAUUGGAUGUUUGCAAGGAUGAUGAGCUCACGGACAAAGCACAGGCACUGGCCGAAAAAUGGAUCAAGGAUGGCAAGAAACGUGAAGUGGCCCCUGAUCUGAAGGCUGUCAACGAGAAGGAGAGCAGAGCACUUGCAAGCGCUUUUCUCUCCACCGGUUUCCUCAACGCACAAUACGAAUUUCUGAAGUCAAAGGGUAAAACCCAGACCGCCAAUGUCUUUUGGGCUUUGAAGGCUACCCGCCCAGUCUGGGGCUUGUUUCUCAAGCAAUAAAUGUCUACCCCACUUUGCCGCUGUAUGCUUUCAGCCGCAUUCGGGCAAAGCGAAUGCGUAGACUUAAAUACAUGCUAGUCGAUGUUGUCAGGCGAUUAGUAUUGGUGACUGAGAGAAUAGCACAUUCGAAACUGCCGUGUCCGACGGUUGCUUGAGAGUUAAACAUACGUGUAUAGUAGGUAAACAUCAAUACUUAAGUGCCGUGUGACAAAGCACUUUGCCAGCUGGAAUAGGUGGUGUCUGUAAAAUAACGACGAGAGAUCCUCUCAUUUAAUAACGAAGAGUCAAUAUUCGAAUUGUUGACUUAUGGUACUUUCCAGAGCCAUGCCUGAACAGCACUCGUGUCACCGCCUUCUCAGACAAUCAUUUUUCCUAUAUCAAGACUUCAAUUGAACAGACAUCAAAUAUAUAGGGGAAUUUCCUCGCUUUGCGACCUCUGAACGGAAGCCUCAGGUAAACAUUCGAAGACUUCAUCCCAUUGUACUUGAAUCGGAAAUAAUAAAUUGAUAUGAGAGAUCCUUGCGAUCUCUUCA